UACAACACCAUAGAGAAUCAAGGGCUCUCUAUGGUGCUGUUGAAGUCAUGGGGCGAAACAACAUCCUAACCUUUGCUGUGCUGUGUGUCUUCCAUGUUUGGACUCUGGGUGUGGACUCGAAGACGGUUCAUCUCCAUCAGCCUGGUCUCAAUUCCAGCAUACCCUUAGACAUGGUCCCUGACUCUGUUGACGACAUGUAUAACGGCUGCACUGAACAAAUGUACAACAAGGUGCAGAAGGAAUAUCUUGUACAUGAAAACAAAGAGCCCUUCAAAAAUGCCUGGAAGUGGGCCGAAAGGUCAUCCUUCAAUACACUCAGAGUUCAACCAAGCAGUCCGGACCGAUAGAUAUGAGUAUACAACCUCCUUCCAGUUCCACUCCCUGCAUUUCUUCCUGACUGACGCCAUUCGCCUCCUGAAAAAAAAGCAAUCUUGUCACAU